GCGGCGCGAAGGGUUACGCGGGGGUGGGGGCAGGGAAGGGAUGCAGCAGCGCGCCGCCAGCGGACCAAUCACAGCGGUUCCCGUUUCGGCGGGAAAUUUCAAACCGGCUGGGAGUCUGCACUUGCCUGUAGGCGUGACCCGGUGGUCCACGUGGCUAGGGUCGGGGAGGAUUCAAUCUUCAUUUUCGAUGGGCGACGCGGUGGCAGCAGAGAGAGUGGUUUCCACUCUGUCUCUCGCUCCCCGAGUGCGAGAGAGACAGAGCGACGAAAACGACUCGGCAACAAGGCGCUACCCGGUGCGCCCAGCGCGCAGCAACCAGGAGUAACGCGCCGACGCGUCCACGGACGGACUGCAUUGUUGGUCAGGGCAGUGUAGUGGCUGGCCGGGCAGUGUUGCGACAAGGCGUGUCCUCUGCCCAGUCUGCCUUCCCUCCCAGUGCCUCCCAGUCCCCUAGCGGCGCGCACAGCUUUGAGAACCCCGUUGACGACAGCCUCACGAUUGCCUCCCUGCAGAGCAACUCCGGUGACGCUGCCGCCAGCGCCGCCGCCGCCGCAGCAGCAGCCGUCAUCGCGACGGCCCCGAAGCAGACCAUGCAGCAGGCCGGGCCGUGCCGGAUGAAGGACGACUUCAAGACCAACAUGGCCUUCGUGGCGUCCGUCCGCCGCCACCCCGUGCUGUACGACUACACGCUGCCCGGCCACUCCAGCAGGGAGCUCCAGGACGAGGCCUGGCACCGCGUGGCCGACGACUGCGGCGACUCGGUGGGGAACUGCAAGGAGAGGUGGAAGAACCUGCGCGCCAGCCUGUGCCGCCACCUCCGCCAGCAGCAGCAGCAGGCCGGCCACGGCCAGGGGCAGCGGCCCAAGAAGCCCUACUACCUCGCCGAGCACAUGGACUUCGUGGUGCCAUUCACCAAGACCAGGCUGCCGUCCACGGGACACCUCCCCGACAGCGUGCUGGACUCGGCGUUCGACCCGCUGGACUACAUGGACGAGAUCAAGCACGAGGUGGAGGUGGACGACCACGGCCGGGACGCCUCGGCCGACGGCGACGGCUCGGCCCGCUCGGCCUCCUUGGACGACGACGUGGUGCAGAACAGCCUCGGGUCGUCCUGGGCAGACAACGGCGACGGCCCGGCCGUGCUGCAGGUGCUGGAGGGCGCGCUCAACACCGCGCCCUGCAAGAAGAGGAAGCUGCGCGACUCGCUGGAGUCGUACGCGGACCAGGCGGACCUCAACUUCCUCAAGAGCCUGCUGCCGGACAUGGCGGUCAUGACGGCGAGGCAGAAGAACUCGUUCAAGAUGGCGGUGCUCUCGGCCAUCGAGAAGAUCGUGUACAACUCGGCGAGCGACAGCGAGGCGGAGGGGCGGCGCGCAAUGCCGCAGGCCGUGCAAGCCACUCAGAGCGGCGCAUCGUGACGUCAGCGUGACGCGCUAGUGACGCGUUUACGACGCGUUCGUGACAUGCCGUGCAAUACGGUCGUGACUGAUGUGACGUCACUGCCCUGCUCCAAGACUGCUUCAUUGAAAGACGAACUUUGAAAGGCGCUUCCGCUGGAACCAACUACCUCACCCCAUUCAACUUGCGUUGGAGGGCAGCACGAGUGUGUUUUGUGUAUUUUUGUGAACCUUUGCCCUGUCGGUGCUCGGAGGCAAAUUUUACUUAAUAGUGAUCUCAGAACUUUUAGCUGAAUACGUUUGAUUUAGUUUCGUUGUUCUCUUCCCUUGUAUGAUGUUAAGCAGCCGCUCUUCUAGAUGAUGUAUGCAUCAUUGUCAGCCAUUGUCUGCACAUUUGCUUUUGCGUCCUCUUUUAGGACAUGUGAUACAUUUGCUCAAACUGUGAGUUUCUUGAUGUUUGUGAGAAGAUCAUGAUAGCCUUUUAGUGCUUGUGUUUAAGUUAUUUUGGUUUUGUUUCUUCCUAAUUGUACAAGUAUUCUUAAUAAUUUAAGACAGUUGAUGAAUUUAUUUUGUUGAGUAAAUUAGACGAAAAAAAUAUUCUGAUUUCAAUUUU